AUGUAUGCAGAAGCCCAAAAAGCGGCAUUUACGAUUAAGUACAACUACGCCGACAGUCAUUUGGAAGUACGUGACUCGUUUUUAAGCUUUGGAAAAUGGACCGAUGGUAAAUGUAAUGAGUUAACGUCUCCAAAUGGUUCGAAAAUCUCAAAAGAUAAUCCGCUGACCGUUCGAGCGUGCGGCCGUGAACAUUCGCCGUCGGGUGUCACUGGUUAUUUAUUCCUGAGGAAGCAAGGCGAGACGGAGAAUGAUUACAAGUUGACGUUUGAUGUGCCGUGGGGAGCAGGUGCUAACAAGUUUGUGUUGACCGCCCUUAAAGAUGAACCGACUGUAUCUUGUGAGCUAGCCCCUGAUAGUGGGUCAA